AUGGCGCCAUCUGCAACAGCCAUCCAAGCCGUCGAGGCCAGUCAUCGUGUCCACGAUCUCCUCGAGCGUCUCCACGCCGCCUCAGAAGCCCAAGAGAAAUCCUACUCCCAGUACUGGUUCUACUUCAAGUUCCUCUACGGCUUCUACAUCACCGGCAAGAGAUGGUCCACCGCGUCUGACAACCACAUGCGGGAUAAGUUCGUCGCUCUCGAGCAGGACAAGUGCCAGUUUAUGUAUCUCCUUGCACGAAGCAUCAACGCUCGCAACAUUGUCGAAGCAGGAACAAGUUUCGGUGUGUCGACUAUGUAUCUCGCACUCGCUGUGGGACAAAACGUCACCGAGGCGAGAGCGAGGGGUAAGGUGGUUACGGGAAAGGUCAUCGGUACGGAGAAGGAGAGCAGUAAAUCGGCGAGGGCGAGAAAGCAUUGGAGUGAGGCGGGUGAGGAAGUUGAGCCGUGGAUUGAGUUGAGGGAGGGGGAUCUGAGGGAGACGCUCUUGGUGGAGGAGGGUAUGCCUGAGGAGAUUGACAUGUUGCUCAUCGACAUUUGGACGCCGCUGGCACUCCCAGCUCUUGAGAUCAUCAAGCCUCGUCUGAAGAGAGGAGCUAUCAUCCUGGCUGAUAACACCAAGAUGGCCAAGGCGCUGUAUAAAGAGUUUUUGGACUAUAUUCAUGAUCCUAAGAAUAGGUUUAAGACUACUACGACUGCAUAUGCAGGAGGGCUUGAGAUGAUUGUCUAUCUGCCGUCUUGA